AUGAAGAUUACCUGGGAGAGUGGAGACUGGCCGGGAGCUUUCAUCGAGCCAGCCAUAACCCACCUGGCCUGGGUCUCACAGCCCGAUCGACCCGGACACGGUCUGCUGGGGGUCGGCUCUGAUUCGGGCUCGGUGGGGAUUACGCUCACUGAUCUGCAUCCUACGGAAGACGACAAUGGGCGCUACAACUUCAAUUUACGUGGACAUCACUCCGCGAUCUGUAUGGUGACGUGGAAUCGCGUGCAAACGAAGCUCGCAUCCUGUGAUUCCUCCGGUGUCAUCUACGUGUGGGUACGCAAUGACGAUCGUUGGUCUGUGGAACUGGUGAACGACCGUGGAGUGAAAGUUCGAGAUCUUAGCUGGAGCCCCUGUGGCUCGUCUGCACUAAUCUGCUAUGAGGACAACUUCGUGCUGAUCGGAUCAUCGACAGGUCAGCGAGUUUGGAGCAACUCAUUCCCCACGGCCAUCACCGUGACUGCUGGUGUAUGGGCUCCAGAUUCACGACAGUUGGUACUCGGCUUUGCUUCUGGCACCAUACAGGUGCUCUCUGAUCAAGGCGCAAAUAUCACGGAACGCUCUUUUACCAGCGAUCCUAUCGUGAAACUUGCCUGUUCCCCAACGAAUUCCAAAGACGAUCGCUGGAUCCUUGCCAUUCUCACCAGUGUUAACAAAAUCUUAAUGAUUAGCGCUUUCGACCAAAUCGAUCCUCUUGUGUACGAGUCACCGCAUUCCGUAAUUCAAGUACAAUGGAACUCCGACGGCUCGAUCCUCGCCUUGAUCAAUUCGAACCACGAGUUGCUGAUGUUGGACAGGGAAGCGCGAGUUGUACAUAGGGAAACACUGUCCCUACCUAAGGACAAGCCACUUUCCGCCCUCACUUGGGCCCACGAAGGGCGAGCGAUUGUUGUUGCUGCUGGAGGUCAUCUAGCGAUUGGGAAACUUUUGCUGGGUGUUCCUUCGUUAUUCGAUCUGGUCACUUACGAAUUGUGGCGAUGCCUUGGAUCGCAAUCUAAGAAAGUGGAUUCACUACCUAUUCCGGUGAAGGAGAAGAACGCGCUGAGAUCGUUAGAUCACCAUGUGAUUCGGUGCCGAAUACCACGAAUUGACGACCUCUGCUCUUUUGUAUGCAAUGCGAGUGAAGCGAGAUGUUAUUGUACGAUCAAGCCCUUGUCUAGAGGAAGUCAUUCCUAUGUUUUAUGUAUGGAGCACCUCGGUGGACUGGUGCCUCUUCUUGUUGGUCGACAGGUUAACCGUUUCCUGCCGCAGUUCCAUAUCUCUCUACAUCCUGCGGAUGGUCAAGUUCUUUCUACAGGAUCAUCUCCUCAAGUUGAAGACCUCUCAAUAAUUCCGCGAACAUCAAAUGGAAGAAACUCUUUAUGGCGAAGAAGUAAAAGACAGAUCCGAGCACUUAUGUCAAGACACGUUCGUCCUCCUCGUCCGGAUCUCAGGCUUGUACAGGUUUCGUCAAAUGUUUGGUGCACACGGUUUAGUAUCACUUCAAUGUCGCCUAAACACUUACCGGAGUUUCUCGGGCAGGUUGUUUACAAAACAUCAGUCCUCCACCUCCAACCUCGCCAAAUGACGAUAGAUAUUGCGGUGCUAGGAGGAGCGCGUGAUAUAGCAGCCUCCACUCUGAACUCUCGCGCUACCUCAGCUUGUACUUCACCGGGAACAAGCGACGGUGAUAUGGACGAUUUGACGGCACUUGUAUCUCAGCAACGUUUUCGCGACGAUGAUGGCUUGACACGGGAGGAGCGAGCGUUUUUUGAUAGGGUUGUUUCGGAGUGCACUUCGUUGCGUGCAGCUAUGGAUGCUGGAGGGCUUGGCUCAUCGUCUUCCCAGGUUGCUGCUUCAAAGGAUGGCUCGUCUCCAGCGCGUGCCGAAUCGCGUAUGGAUGACAUUGAACAGACGAUAAGCACUACAAGCACUUGGCAUGACGAAAUCGACUCUCUCGAGUAUAUCGAUGGCGUUGAAGAUCGCGAUCCAUUGGUACCGGGAACAUCAUCAGCAACAUCUGUGGCAUCUGCACCAGUAACAUCAUCUUUGAAAACUGGCCAACAAAAAGAGAGCGACGACAUCAAGGCGCAUCUCGACAAGCUAGCUCGGAUCGCUGGUCAACUCAGUCAUCGUCAUGCUGACUUUAACCCGAAACGCGAUAGGGCUUCCAUCAACAAAAUGCGUUCCCAAAUGAAGGAAUUACUGCGGAGGGUCAAUGAGAUUGAAAAGAAGGUUGGCACUGGAGAUGUUCGGGGUGAAGUUCGUCAAUUGAUGCGCACACUAGAAGAGAUGAAGUGUGCACUGGGAGAGGGUCCCUCUCCAAAAUCUACGGCUGUUACCCCUAUUUUGACUAUGCAUAACAAGACACCUUUUUGGAACGAACAUAAUCAGGUGUAUCAGUUGGAUUUUGGUGGUCGUGUUACCCAAGAAUCGGCAAAGAACUUUCAGGUGGAGAUGGACGGAAAGCAAGUGCUUCAGUUCGGGCGCAUUGAAGGAGGAGCAUACACACUGGACUUUCGACGCCCAUUUUCAGCGACUCAAGCUUUUGCUGUAGCGUUGGCAAGCAUCACGCAAAGGCUCAAAUAG